UAUUUUACCCAAAAUAGUCACCCCGGUCCAUUAUGACUUUUACCCGGUCCAUUAUGACUCAUAUCCGGUCCAUUAUUGAUUUGUUGCCAGUCCUUUAUGAGCACGUGCAAUAAUGUUGAAAAACCAAAAAAAAAUGGCUGACAUCAGUGUCCGCUUCGAUUUCAAUUUUAUGUUUUGAAAAGAUCUGUGCAACUUUUCUGUGGAAUUACCUACAAGUCCAGGACUGCGUAACUUCUUUUAGCAACAUUUUGCGUGCUAUAUUUAGAACCGGAACUCUAUAGACGCAGACGACAGUACAGUAUGGCAGGCCUUGUUCCUGCAAAAAUAUCGGACAGAUACGCCAAGAAUGGCGAAGACAUGCUUGAUGUUUUGUCUCAUGACAUAAUGAGGUACGAAAUGCUUGCAGAGAAGGAGACGUUCGACGCUCUUACCUCCGUCCUGCAAGGGGAACAAUCCCAUGACAAUGUCGAGCUACAUGAAAUCGAAGUAAACCGCUUGAACAAUGACAACAACAACAAUGACGAAGGUGAUCCGACGGAAACACACGAGCAGCGUGACACAGGAAGCAGUAGAUUUAGAUCAGUUUCCAAUGAGGACACAGACGAAUUUCUCAGGAAAAAUGUAAAUAAAAACACGGACUACAAAACAAGAUCAGAUGUUAAAACUUUCUACACCUGGGCACAGCAAGUAGGAGAGUUUAGAGAGCUGCAGAUGAUUCCGUUUAAGGAACUAGAUGCUAUUUUAGCCCGGUUUUACUUAGGUGUAAGGAACAAAGAGGGACAGGAGUAUGAACCAGACACGCUUACAGGAUUCCAGAAUAAUAUUGAGAGACACCUGAAAAACAAUAAAGAAGAAAACUAUGGCCGAGGCCGCACAGUUAUAUGGCCGUAAAGUCAAUCAUUCAACCCGUAAAACUUUUGCAACCAGUUUGUUACAUUCAGAGCGCCCACCUACUGAAGUUGCCCAGCUAGGCGGAUGGAAAGGAAUCUCGACACUCACACACUAUAAUUUUCCGUCUAUGAAACAACAAGACCAGGCAUCAAAUAUCAUAUCAAAUGUUGUCAUUCCUCCAUGUUCCAGCAAUCAGAAUGAAACGGCACCUGAGAAUUCAGAUAAGGAUACCAGUGACUGUCCUGAAUAUGAUAUUCACAUUGUUUCCUCUCAAGAAAAAACUCUUGAUAUUCAUUAUGACAAGGAAAAUGAUUCAGAGCUAUCUAUGUUUGAAAAACCAUCUCAGGCUUCUAGCAUUGUUAACAAUAGUAAAAGUAACAUGAUUGCCAAUAGAAAAGACUGCAGUAAUCCAUUCAGUAUUCUAACUGGCGCUGUUAUUAAUGGUGGAGUCAUAAAUCAAAACAUAUUUUCUGGGAAGAGGAAACGGGAUGACUUUUCCAGCUCUCAAGAGUCUUAAUAAUUAUCAGACAAGUUCCUAAUUCAAUCUGUAUUUGUUGUCCUUGUUGAAAAAUUUUGUUAUCAGUAAAUAAUUAAGAAAAUAUACAAUUCCAUUUUUAUUGCCUCAGAACUGG